AUGCACUUUUACAAAGACAAGAAACGCCAUGUCAUCACCACACAGACCAAGCACAAGUGCAUGUUGGAUUCAUGCAGCUAUUUGCAGCAGGAGGGUUUUGAGGUAACUUACCUACCCGUGAAGCCCGACAAGCUUGUGGACUUGGAAAAGCUCCGAGCAUCCAUUCGGCCUGAUACUGGGUUGGUUUCGGUGAUGAUGGUAAUUAAUGAGAUUGUCGUCAUUCAGUUGGUGGAGGAAAUUGGUAAAAUUUGUAAGGAGUUUAAGGUUCCUUUGCAUACUGAUGCUGUGCAGGCGCUAGGGAAGAUUCCAAUAGAUGCCGAUAAAAUGAAUAUAAGCUUAACUGAAGCCUUAGAUGAAUGGUGGUGGACAAGAUAUGGGGAUAAGGAGUUGGACGAUUCCAACGCCCCGACUGUUGGGUUUGGUGCUGCCUGUGAGCUGGCGAUGAAGGAAAUGGAAUAUGAUGAUAAGAGGAUAAGGGCGAUGCAUGGGCGAUUGUUGAAUGGGAUUAGGGAGAAAAUAGAUGGAAUAGUUGUGAAUAGGAGUGAAGUGAACCAGUAUUCAAGGAAUUUGAACUUGUCCCUCGCAUUUGUGGAAGGAGGGAGCUUGUUAAUGGGGUUGAAAGAGGUUGCGGUGUCAAGUGGGAGUGCUUGCACAAGCGCGAGUUUAGAGCCAUCUUAUGUCCUGAGGGCAUUGGGAGUUGAUGAAGACAUGGCACAUACCUCAAUUAAGUAUGGGAUAGGAAGAUUCACAACCAAGGAGGACAUUGACAGGGCGGUGGAGCUCACCGUCAAGCAUACAAUUGAGAUAAGCAUGUGGGAUGUAGAAUUUUCGGAUGAGCAUAUGUAG